GUGGCAGAAGGAAAAAUGCGUUUUCCAGACGCAACUAAACCAGUCGUCGAACGGCCAUAUUUCGAUGACGUAGGACCAAGAAAUGUGACAGCUGUAGUUGGACAAUCAGCACUCCUGCAAUGUCGAGUUAAACAUCCCGGAGAAAGAACCGUGUCGUGGAUGCGAAAGCGAGACUUGCACAUCCUCACGUCCGGCAUCCACACGUACACCGGCGACGGGCGAUUCAGCGUCCGACAUCCGGAACACAGCGACGACUACGACCUGCGCAUCGAGUACGUGCAGAAGCGCGACGGCGGCGUCUACGAGUGCCAGGUCAAUACAGAACCCAAGAUCAACAUGGCCAUCAUGCUGAAUGUCGAAGACACGUCUUCCCUUGCUGCCACGCACCCCGGCCCGCGAUCCACAGAUGCACAAGCGACCAUUUCCGGUCCAGGAGAGGUGUAUGUCAAGAAGGGUAGUACGAUAUCACUGACAUGCUCAGUGAAUGUCCACUCAACACCCCCGUCUAGUGUACUUUGGUAUCAUGGCCACGCCGUGGUUGAUUUUGACUCCCCACGAGGUGGCAUCAGUUUGGAAACCGAAAAAACCGAAGCGGGUACUACCAGUAAACUCCUGGUCACCAAGGCGCUCAUUUCGGAUUCGGGGAAUUACACCUGUAUGCCGUCCAAUGCCAGUCCUGCUUCCGCCAUUGUGCAUGUUCUUAAUGGCGAGCAUCCGGCUGCGAUGCAGACCAGCAGGGCUGUGCCCGGCAAGCAGAUGGCUCUCCUUGUCGCGCUCGCCAUGCUCAUGGUGACCGCAGUGAGAUGAUCUCAUCAGCUGUAAUAAUCGCCUGCUACGUAUUUUUCAACCCCCCACAAGACUCCAUCGCGGGUGUCUGUGCCGCACCCGUAAUGAACCCAUAGUCGGCGCCCGGUGUAAAAAACUAAUCACAAAGUUAAUCAGUGCGAAUGGAAUGGAGCCGCAAGAGAUGGGAUGAAGUGAAAUCAAGUGAAGUGGAUAUCCAAGGGACAUAGUGUGUCUGUUUUUUGACUCUAGGGAAAUUGUUAUUAUUUCGGUGCUAAAAAACAAUU